AUGGAGGUCGAGAAGAGGUUCGCGCUGCUGCUGGCGGCCCCGGACUCCGACUACGUGACGAAGAUGUACGGCGGCUACUUCGACGUCUUCGUGGAGGCCUUCGGCGAGGAAGGGGAGAUGUGGGACCUGUUCAGGGUGGUGGAAGGGGAGUUUCCAGACUCGGAGGAGCUCGCCAAGUACGACGGCUACGUGGUCAGCGGCAGCCCUGCUGACGCCUACGGGGAUGACCUCUGGAUACUUGGCCUCUGCUUCCUCCUCCAGACCCUCGAUGCCAUGAAGAAGAAGAUCCUAGGCGUCUGCUUCGGGCACCAGGUUUGGCCGCUCUGAAUUUCCUCUUCUGGUAUAUGUCAACGUCGUGAGCACGUCCAGGCUUUAACAUGGCGGACUCUCCAGUUACUUUGCCGUGCGCUGGGCGGGCGUGUCGGCAGGGCCUGCACCGGUUGGGACGUCGGCAUCAGGAAGCUGCGCAUGGCGGAGAGCUUGCCUCCACACAAGUACCUUGACGAACUUCGGGAGCUCCCUCCCAGCCCACACAUCAUUGAAUGCCAUCAAGACGAAGUAGUUAUCCCAAGAACUUUUCCCCUCCUGCGGCAGCAACCGAUGCAGAAACCCUAAAAGAUCUAAUGGACCUCGCAGGUUCUGGAGCUACCAGCUGGCGCCGAUGUGAUCGCCUUCUCGGAGAAGACUGCCGUGGAGAUGUUCUCCCUCGGGGAUCACAUACUGGGAAUUCAAGGGCACCCGGAAUACACCAAAGGCAUCUUGUACAACCUCGCCGACCGGCUCGCCGGCGGUGGCGCCAUCGACGUAAGGGUGACUCUCACUCAAAAUGUUGACUCUUAGACCUUCUUUUAGAUGAAAAUAACGUGCGUGCGGUGCAAUUCCAUCCUCCAGAGCAGAUUCGCGGAGGAGGCCAAGGCUAGCGUGGAGGCCACCGAACCAGAUAGGAAGUUCUGGGAGACGGUCUGCAGAGCCUUCCUCAAAGGAAGAUGA